AUGCCUCGUGGCGGUGGCGGUGGUGGUGGGCGAGUGGGGAGGCUGCCGACGGCGUUGGCGUUCCGGGUGUUGCAGCUGGCAGAUCCCUAUGCGAGCCUUGGGAUCGCGCCAGCGGUGCUGCAGAAGGUCAGCUCCUUGUGGAGUGAGACGCUGCCGUUCAAGUUCCUGACCUCUGCGCCGAAGCUGAACGCCGUGCCGCCGCUAGCCGUUGACCAGGCGGAGGUGGUGCUGAUGGGGGCGAGCAACGUGGGCAAAUCGACGCUGCUCAACGCCCUGCUUGGAACAAAGCUCGCAUACACGUCAAAGACGCCCGGACACACGAAGAUGCUCAACUUUUUUCAGGGGCAGCGCCACUUGCGCGUCGUGGAUGUGCCGGGAUACGGGUUUGGUUCCCACCAGCAUCAGAUGACGCUGCUCGGCGACUACUUCCACAACCGUCAGGGCCACGCCUGCGCCUGCUUGCUCAUCGAUGCAAAGAAGGGCAUCAAGGACCUUGAUCUCGCCGCCUUUUCCUUGCUCCUCGAACACUUUAUUCCUUACAGGGUGCUGUUGACAAAAGCCGACCGCUUGCCGGUGGGGCCACUGCGUGAACGCAUCCUUGAAUGCGAACAGACGCUCACCCUCAGUGCACAAGAAUUCAACCCAGCCACCUCCCCAGUGCUCGUCCAGCCAGUCAGUGCAAAGCAGAGGAAAGGGUUGGAUCAGGUUCGUGCCAGCAUAUGUGAGAUGUCCGGGCUGCUUCCGCCUUGA